UGACAUCCACACGUUUACCCGGAAGAGAGUAACUGUAGCAUGAGUCAAAGGUCCUCUCGCAAGAGUUUACCUUAGUUUUGUCUUUUAUCAAAAACCCACCGUUGCGACGUCGUUCGUUAGAGAGUACAUGUCCUGCAUGGUGAUGUUUCGGGGUAUAUCCAGCAUUCUGAGGACCUACCCUGUUUUUGGCCAGAGAAGCAUGUCUCAAAGCAGUCUGCAGGGGAAAGUAGCUAUUGUUACAGCCUCCACAGAUGGAAUCGGCCUGGCUGCAGCUCAGGCUCUGGGAAAGAGAGGGGCCCAUGUGGUCGUAAGCAGCCGGCGGCAGUCCAACGUGGACAAGGCUGUGGCUUUACUGCAGAGCCAGAGCAUCCAAGUAACUGGAACCACAUGUAAUGUCGGCAAAGGGGAGGACAGAGAGAAGCUGGUUCGACUGACGGUGGAUCAGUGUGGGGGGAUCGACAUCCUGGUGUCCAACGCAGCGGUCAACCCUUUCUUUGGAAACACCUUAGACUCCACUGAGGAAGUCUGGGACAAGAUUUUGUCUGUAAAUGUCAAAUCAGCCUUCCUCCUGACUAAGCUGGUGGUGCCUCACAUGGAGAAGAGAGGAGGAGGAAACAUAAUAUUUGUGUCCUCUGUGGCUGGAUACCAACCGAUGCAGGCUCUGGGCCCCUACAGUGUGAGUAAGACUGCCCUGCUGGGGCUAACCAAGGUGCUGGCCCCUGAGCUGGCUCAGAGUAACAUCAGAGUGAACUGUGUGGCCCCUGGAAUCAUAAAGACGCGCUUUAGUUCUGCGUUGUGGGAAAACGAAGACAUUUUGGACGAGUUCAAAAAGCAACUCAGCAUUAAAAGAAUCGGGAAACCUGAAGAAAUCGGAGGGACGAUAGCUUUCCUGUGCUCAGAUGAGGCUUCCUACAUUACAGGAGAGACCAUCACAGUGACGGGAGGAAUGGGCUGUCGACUCUGAACCCUGCUGACUGAGCCUUAGACCCGUUUAUGAUCUUCUAUUCUUCAAAGUGAUUGUUGUUAAAAAACAAAACAAAAAACUAAGAUAUUAUGGAUUUAAGGUGUUUUUUUUGAUAAGAUUAUAUUUUCUCAAGAUCACGGAUCAUUGUUCAAUGUUUAUUCCUUGUAUUUAUGCAUCCUCAGUCAUUAGAAUCAAGGUAGUAAUUCAAAAAAUAAGCAUUUUCUAAGUUGCAGAUAUAGCUGUGCAGAGUCUAAAUAGCAUGAGCUUGAUUUUAUAUUUUGUUUUUUUUAAAUCACUGAUGACUGAAAUGUUUGGAAAUCUAUUUUUCCCACUAAUUAUACUUAAAACAAUGAAACAAUAAUAAGCUUUCACUCCAAUUCAGAAUCUUUAUUAGUUAAGCACAUAUAAGGAUUUUAAUUACCUCAAAACUACAUAAAAAAAA